AUGUUGAAAGGAAAUAUUCAAAGUCAAUGGGCCGUGAUUUUCCAAUGCCUCAGAAGUAAGGAUGGGAAGGGCCCCAAAAAAGUGAAUGGAGGGGCAUCGUCCUCAAUCUCUGAUGCUAAUACCCCAGACUGCAAGUGAAAUGUAAACAGUGCGAACUUUUGAAAGAACAGAAACUGAGACCUAGUUGAGACCCUUCAGGACACACCAAGACUUGCUUCCAGUGCUGCUUGAAGUCUUCUGAGGAGCCUGCAGGUUGGAAGUGACAAGGCAAAAACCUCAUUCCAAACAUGAAUUUGGAGGCGAAGAGUGGAUCGUCAUCAACCUCUGCUGAUACAGGACAGGGAGAGCUGGAGCAGAAAAAGUCUCUACCACCUGUUGUGUUGGCCAAGAUUGAGCGGAACCGACAGAGAGCACUGAUCCUGCGGCAGGCCAGGCUGGCCAGCAGACCCUACCCUUCUGAUGCAGGUGGCACUGUCGCAAAGCUUGCACCCAAAGUAAUUGAUACAGGAGGAGGAUUCUUUCUAGAGGAGGAGGAGGAAGAGCUUCCUGAAGUGAAUAAAGUUGUACAUCAACCAGGACCUGUCUUGGAAUUUGAUUAUUUAUUGUGUGAAGAAUGUGGCAAAGAAUUCAUGGACUCCUUUCUCAGCAGUCACUUUGAUCUACCUGUCUGUGAUAAUUGCAGAGAUAAUGAAGAGAAACACAAACUAAUUACCCGAACAGAUGCAAAGCAGGAAUUUCUGCUUAAAGACUGUGACCUGGACAAGCGAACCCCUAUACUCAAGUACAUACUGAAGAAAAAUCCACAUAAUACUAACUGGGGCAACAUGAAACUUUAUGUGAGGCUGCAGAUAAUAAAACGUUCCCUUGAAGUAUGGGGUAGUGAGGAAGCUCUGCAAGAAGCAAAAGAAGCAAGGCAAGAGAACAGGGAGAAGAUGAAACAAAAGAAGUUUGACAAAAAAGUCAAAGAUCUUCGUCGAGCUGUGAGAAGCAGCCUAUGGAAGAAGGAAUCAGCUCUUCACCAACAUGAGUAUGGUCCUGAAGAACAACAUGAGGAGGAAGAGGAUAUGUACAAAAAGACAUGUGCCACAUGUGGCCAUCAGUUAGUCUAUGAAAAAAUGUAACUGAUUUGAUUUUAUGCUUUGCUUGUUGUAUAAUAAUUUGGCACUUCAAUAAUUGUGUAGUUGAUUUUUUUAAUAAAUUGAACAUUUCUGUA